GUAAGUGAUUCUUCACUAACUUCAGCCAUGAAGGGUAUAAGGACAACCAAGACUUUGGGUUGCAUCAUUAGUUAACUUAUCAUGCUGGAAAAACAGCCCAUUAGUAGUCAAAUAUAUUCCAUAUUACACCGAUACUGGGAUGCAGGGAAUCCACCCUCAGUUACAUUCCAAAGGCUGUAUUGAGGCGCUGACUGUGUCUCCAAGAUCUCCCUGAAAUAUGAGCCUGUAGUAUUGUACAGUAUAUAAGAUGAUAGCAAAUGAUAUAAGCAAAAUCAAUUAUUGUGCAGUGGUUUUACUAAUGGAUCGUCUGGUCCUUAAAAUACCCAUCCGUGCUCACUACUAUUCAGGGACACCGGGAGGUGGAGCCUAUCCCAGCAUGCACUGGGCAGAAGGCAUGUCUCCAGUCUGUACAUGGCUUCCUUAAGAAACAGUAUUUGAAAUUCAAAUAGGGUUACAAGCAUUUCUUUGCAUGGCGUAUUGAUUUUUGAGCAUUGAACUGAAUGAUCCAUUUAUGGAUGCUUACAGUCAAUUACGGUGACGUUUAAUAAUUCAGUGUAGAUAAUAUCGGUCAAGUUACAUUAAAUUGUCCGACUGCUCCAAUGCUCUUGACAUUCACCGUAUCCGUCGACGUCAGCUGGUAAUCAAAAUCUACCCAUCCAGUCACCUCAGAGCCAUCGCUACACGCCGACCCAAACAGGAGGCGACCUGUGAGCACUGGAACAACCUGUUUGCAUGGCUUUGCGUUGAUUUGUUUGACAGAUGACAAGCAGCUGCACAAUUUGCAUCCAGGCAGAGUUGCCUCGGAGAAAGAGCCUUCUUUGGUGAAGUCAUGAUAUCUGUUAUUUCUUUCAGUCACAGCAGUGACUUUCUUCACGACGUGUGUGUAUUCAAAGCUCUUUUUAAUUGAUGAAAUGGACACCAAAAUAGACACAAAUUACAUAAAAGCAGUGGUAGCUAGUGUCGUGUUUCCUUUAAUACUGGGAGUGUUCUCGGGGUGACAGGUAGCUCAAUAUUUUGGUUUUACAGUUUUACAACUCCACCACCCCCACAUACAGUAUAUAAGACUGUUAUUAAAUUUCAAAUGUCAACUUUGAGUAUAAACCUCUAGAGUUCAGGUGGAUUUUGGUUAAUUGUUUCUUUUGUCAGUUUAGCAGUAUAAAGUAUAAAGCUGCCAGGAACCCAAAAUACAAGAACAAUGACACAGGCACCUAUGAUAUAGUCUAUUUACAUGUAAAGGGAUUUGUUUUUGUGUCUUUUUAAUUGAAAGUCUAUGUGUGCCUCUAAAUCACUGAAACUAUUAAUAAUUCAGUUUUUAAAACGUCUUUCAAAAAAUGAUUUACAGUCAUGGUGAGAUACUGUGUGAAACCCCCACAACAGCACUUUGAACUGGUUUUCUCACCAUAUAUAAAGUUAUGUCACUAUAAAUAAAACAUGCUCACUGUCUUCACCGAUGAACAGACGACUCCAGAGGGUGCGUUUAAUAAUUCCUGCAACACUGGCAAUACGUGUUACAUAUCAUAUUAUAUAGUGUGACACGUAGCCAUCAUCGAAAUCCCACUGUUUAGCGUGUUCUUGCUACGCUGUUACUCCACCCCAAAUGGGAGUUUGGAGAGUUUUUUCAGGCAGGCAAGCAGUGACUCUGGGACACCAACCUACCAGAGCAGGGCUGAAAAUGUGUAUUAUAAUUAUAGCUGUAAUUGUUGGCAUCUAUUCAGUCAAGUCAGUGCUUUUCUUACAUCCUUUCAUGCAUUUUUAACAUGCCAGCUUUAUAUUGGUUUAUGGCCCACAAUCGAGCAGUGCUCUCUACACCUCUCCAAAAUGUCUUCUCUUUCCUCUCCAUCUGACCAUAAACAUGCCUGGCUCCUGAAUGUGGGGAAAAUGUCUGAUGAUUGUUCUAGCAGACUUCUUUGGGUUAGAAACGUUGAGCUUUUAGACUGAUGAGAUUUUGAAGUGUCCAUACUUAAAGUCAAUUUAUCUCCCUUGACAUGACUCAAGUUGUGGCACCAGUCAUUAUUAUUUCAACAGCAAUUUCUGCAAAGAAUGUCAAUUCAGGAAUCCAACAGUUUGUGGUUGAAAUACAUUUCCCGAUAAAAUUAGUCCCCGCAAUGCAGAGUCCUAUUGAAAGGCUCUGGCAUCAGCACUCCACAAUUGUGGGUGCUUGAACAACCAACAGCAGUCAGGUAAAAUAUUAACUUUUGUUCUGCUGACAAGAUGCUGCCACCGCUUCCUUAUUAGUUAACAGUUGCAAGUGUAUGUGCGCUAAUGGAGAGGAGGAGUUUGAUCGUUGCCCAAGCAACCCACAACUCAUCACCCGACACCUGUGUUCCUCUGAAGAAUCAGAGUAAGAGCACUGAGCGGAGAUGUUUUACCUUUUGGAGGAGUAUCCAGUUAGAGCUGUCCCUCCGAGUCCCAGCUGUACCAAACAUCAGCCUUUUCUUGAUGUCGCUGGGAUUUAAGAGCACUCUAAUAGCUGGCUCUCAUUUACUUGAAACACGUUUUUGUCUCACAAUUUCCUAUUCCCUCUUUUGGAGAAGAAUGCCACAGUCUUCAGUUAUGGAAGGUGUCUUUGGGGAACACAUUUCGUCAAGACAUUGACUGUUCGUCCUUUCCGAAGCGAUUAACCUCUUUUCUGAGUUUGAGCAUCAGCGUUUGUGUCCAUUCUGGUGCUGGAGGAGGUUGAUGGCGAGGUUCCAGAUGGUCCGGGUCAAAGUGAGCUGGACAGUACUUUUGGCUCUGGUCCACUUCACAUACCUGCUGGUUGGGGCCACCAUCUUCCAGAUACUGGAGCGAGAGGCUGAGAGCAACAACCGAAACCACUUCCAACUGGAGAAGUUGAAUUUCUUGGCUAAUUAUACCUGCCUGGACGGACCGGCCUUGGAGAAGUUUGUUCAGGUGAUUUUGGAUGCCUGGGAAAACGGAGUGAAUCCAUCAGGCAACUCAACCAACCCCAGUAACUGGGAUUUCUACAGCUCCUUCUUUUUUGCAGGCACAGUAGUCACAACUAUAGGCUACGGCAACCUCUCCCCCAGCACUGUAUCUGGCCAAGUGUUUUGUGUGUUCUACGCAAUGUGUGGGAUCCCACUGAACCUGGCCUUCCUCAAACAGCUGGGGAAGUGUCUCACCAUCCACCUGGGCCGACUGGAGAGGGGAAUGGUCUCAGUUGUUCCACACAAGCAGACAGUUGAGGCUCUGGCAGUGAGCUUGUUCUUCAUCACAGGCAGCCUGCUGUUCUUGGUCAUCCCUCCCCUGCUGUUCAGUUACGUAGAAGGCUGGACGUUUGGCGAGGGCUUCUAUUUUGCCUUCAUUACCCUCAGCACCAUUGGUUUUGGAGAUUAUGUGGUGGGGAGUGACCCAGGCAAGAAGUACAUCUCUCUGUACCGUAGCCUUGCAGGUGUAUGGAUCAUCUUUGCCUUGGCUUGGCUUGCUCUUAUCCUUAACAUGGGAGCCAGAAUAAUGGAGCAUGCGAUUGGCGUAACUCAUCCAGGCUUUAAGAAACACGAGGAGGAAGAGGACGUGUCAUCCAGUAAACUAGAAGACACGUCAAAGAUCUGAGAGUGGACUGUAAAUGGGACUAUCUACAUGUAAUAUUCACUAGGCCACUGGAGUGACUGAAACAGUAGUGCAGGUGGAGGUUCAUUUGCCUACAAUGCGUGCAAGACAAGAAGCCAAGCAGGUAAAGCCUCAGUCCUUGCUGUCCCCGGCUGCAGAGACUGAGACGCUGAG